AUGGGUUUGAAAAGAAAGAGACAACUUAAAAGAAGAUUGGUCGAUAGUGACGAGGAUGAUACGUUUAUAAAUAAUAGUGAUUUUGUUCCAGAUCAACCCAACAAUGAAGAGACAGAUGGAGAUAGAUUGUUUAAUGAGGCCCUGAAAGAGAAUGUAAUCGAAAAUGAAAGUUCUAUUCACAACGGAAGCAUUUCCAAACACGAAGAUGAUAUUGUUUAUGAUGAGUUUGUUGAUGCUGAUUCGAAAAUAGCGAAUGACGCCACGAAAGAUCACGAUAUUAAAUCAGCAAACGGAGCAAACGGGACAGUGGGUCAGGAAAAUAAAGUAAUAUUGAACCAGGUAGAUCUUAUGCCACCACCACCUACAGUUAAGGAGGUACAGGAAGAAGCGGCGAAUGGUAAUGGGUUGAGUUAUUCGCAACAACAGGCGACAAUCCAACUUCAAUCGCCUAGCAAGAGAAAAGAAAAUUCAUCUCAAUCAUCGAAUAAACCGAAUGAACCCAGACUAGUAAUAAAUAAAUUGGUUUUGACUAAUUUUAAGUCAUAUGCUGGCGUGCAAGUAAUUGGUCCGUUCAACGCAUCAUUUUCCGCUGUCGUGGGGCCAAAUGGAAGUGGUAAAUCGAAUGUGAUUGAUUCGAUGUUAUUUGUCUUUGGUUUUAGAGCACUGAAAAUGAGACAAGGAAAAUUGUCAGAAUUAAUUCAUAAUUCUGCCGGAGGAAAUAAACUAGAUUACUGUCAAGUAGACAUUCAUUUCAAUCACGUUUUGGAUAGCCCCGAAGAUAACGCUAAAUCAGAGGUAAUUGAAGAUUCAGAAUUGAUUAUAAGUCGUAAAGCUUUUAAAAAUAACUCGUCCCAGUAUUUCCUUAAUGGUAAAACAAGCAAUUACUCUGAAGUUACAAAUUUUUUGCGAGAUAAAGGAAUUGAUUUGGAUCAUAAAAGGUUUUUGAUUUUGCAAGGUGAAGUCGAGUCUAUCGCUCAAAUGAAAGCGAAAGCAGAGCGUGAAAAUGAUGACGGGUUAUUAGAGUAUUUGGAAGAUAUAAUAGGCACUACGAAAUAUAAGCAGUUGAUAGAAGAAAACUUGACAAAGGUGCACGAAUUGAAUGAUGUUUGUUUAGAAAAAGAAAACAGAUUAGAUUUGGUUGAAAAGGAUAAAGAACUGCUUGAAGAUAAAAAAGUAGAAGCAUUGAGAUUCUUAGAAAUGGAAAAGAAGCUUAUUAGCAAAAAGUCUAUUCAAUAUCAAGCAAGUAGUAUUGAGAAUAAGAAAGUUCUUCAUGAGAAUCAGGAUAUGGUUAAUGAUUUAUUGGCUAAGCUUGAACAAGAGAAAAAUUCUAAUAAAGAACUAGGGGAAGGUAUCAAGGAGUCCACUAAACAACAUGAGAAUAUGGUUAAGUACAUUUCCAAAUUGAAUGAUAAAAUCAAUUCUAUUACGAAAAAGCAAAAACAGAUUAAUAAGGCCAAUGUUGCAAUUGACGAGAAGAUUAAAAAUUUGAGUAACAAAUCUAAGAAAAUUUUGAAAUCGAAGGAGUCUCUGGAAAAAACAGAAGCAAUGUGUCAACAAAAAUUGGAGUCAAAUAGUAAAGCAUUAAUUCAAUCCAAAAAUGAAUUGGACGACUUGACAAAUGAGCUUGAAUCAGAGAAGAAUAAGUUAGAUGAAAUAAGAAUGAAAUUAACUGAUAAAACAUCGGAGUUUACGAAGCAAAUAGAAGCCUUGCAGACUAAAUUAGAGCCAUGGAAUGACAAAUUAAAAGAAAAGGAAAGCGCUAUACAAUUGGUAAAUUCAUCGAUCGAGAUGUUGCAGAGUCAGAAGCAAAGUAUAUCCAAACAAUUGGAUGAUUCCAAAGAAAAACUCAUACAAAUUAAGACAGAAGGAAAGCAAAAGGAGGCGGAACUUCUCGAAGCCGAAACAAAGUUAUCUCACAUUAUUAAUCAAAUUGGGAUUGGAGAGGAACAAUGUAAACAUGAAAAGACACAAUUAGAGUCACGGAAAUCCCAAUUGGCCAGUUUCAGGCAAAGAACGCAAGAUUCGAUGAGCUCACUCUCUAAUUAUCAAAAUAAAAACAAAGUUUUAUCAAGUUUAAUGAGGCUAGCCAAAUCAGGACGUAUAGAAGGGUUUUACGGGAGAUUAGGAGAUUUAGGUGUUAUUGAUGAUAAAUUUGAUAUUGCUAUAUCUACCGCAUGUCCAGCGUUGGAUUCGAUGGUUGUUGAAACUGUUGAAACUGCCCAGACAUGUAUUGACUACUUACGUAAAAACAAACUUGGAUAUGCUAAUUUCAUCUGCUUGAAUAAAUUGAGGAAAUUUAACUUAGCACCAAUUCAAACACCUGGGAAUCCAGCAACUGUUAAAAGAUUGUUCGAUUUAAUAACCCCUCAGGACUCAAAGUUCUUACCAGCAUUUUACAGUAAGGUUUUUAAUACAUUGGUAGCGUCUAAUUUGCAAGAGGCGAAAAAAGUUGCAUAUGGUGCCAAGCGCUUUAAAGUUGUAACUUUAGAUGGUAAGGUCGUUGACACGUCCGGUACGAUGUCUGGUGGUGGUGCUUAUUACGCUAAAGGUGCAAUGAGAUUAUCGUCUUCUGCAGCUAGUUCUGAUGCCAUGGAUAUAAGUCCUGAUGACGUGGAGCAAAUGAAGGAAGACUUAGCAACGAUGGAGAAUAAAUUUGAACUUGAUAGUAGGGAGUUCCAAGAAAAAAUGCAAAAUUUACGUAAAUUGAAAGAUAUGAAACCAGACAUUGAAUUUAGCAUUUCAAGGUUAAAGUUAGAUAUUGAUGCCUUAACCUCGGAGAAAAAGGAAGUCCUGAAAGUUUGUAAAGCUCUUAUUGCUGAAAGUGAGAAUGACAACAAUAGCAAGCAGUUUGACAAACAAAUAAAAGAAAAACAAAAUGAAAUGCUGGAAUUGGUAGAGAACAAACAGGAAUUGAAAUCUAAUAUGGUAGACUUGGAAACUCAAAUCAAAGCAUUGGAAGAAAAGAUAAUGAAUGCAGGUGGUGUUGAGUUAAGAUUACAAAAUUCAAAAGUUGAUUCAAUCAAGCAGAAAAUUGAAAUCAUUAACGAAAGGACGUCGAACGACAGAAUGAGUAUAAGGAAGUUGGAAAAUGAUAUUAAGAGGCACAAUAAGAUUAUUGAAGAAUCAAAGAAAGAAUUAGAAGAAACAGAAAAGGAAUUGGCUGAAAUCCAAUCCCAGCAGCAAGAUUCCGUUCUAGAAGCUCUUGCAUCUGAAAUUAAAGAGAUAGAGAGCGAGAAGGAAGAAAAAGAAGAAACCUUGGAAAAUAUCAAACUUGAAUUGGAUGAAAGAGCUCAGCAAAUGAACGCUUUUAAGUCCACUGAAAUUGAACUUGAAAAUAAAAUUGAGAAACACAAUUCAAUAAUCAGUAAGGCACAACAUCAUAUAGAAAAAGACGAGGAGAGUUUACAAGGGUUGAUAAUAAGGGAUGUGACCCCAUAUAUUGAUUGGCUUGAUGCAGACGAACGAACUAAAUAUAAUGGUGCAAUAAUCGAAGAAGUGAAUGAAGAUUCGUUGCUGUCUCUUAACAUGAGUGAUGUUGAGGAAGAAAUCGAUGAAUUAGAGAAAUACAUGAGUACUGUUAAAGUUGAUAUUGAAGUUUUGAAAGAAUAUGGCUCGAAAAAGUCCGAGUUCGAAUCCCGUAGAAGUGAUUUAAAUACUGCUGUUGAAGAGAGAGAUGAAAUCAAGAGUUACUGCGAGGACUUGAAACGUAAAAGGUUAGAUGAAUUCAUGGAAGGAUUUAAUACUAUAUCUAUGACUCUCAAAGAAAUGUACCAAAUGAUCACUAUGGGUGGUAACGCCGAAUUGGAGUUAGUGGAUAGUUUAGAUCCAUUUUCAGAAGGUAUAUUGUUUAGUGUUAUGCCUCCAAAAAAGUCUUGGAAGAACAUUUCGAAUUUAUCCGGAGGGGAAAAGACUUUAAGUUCAUUAGCAUUGGUUUUUGCUCUACAUAGAUACAAACCUACUCCAUUAUACGUCAUGGAUGAAAUCGAUGCAGCAUUAGAUUUUAGGAAUGUUUCAAUUGUUGCUAAUUAUAUCAAAGAGAGGACUAAAAAUGCACAAUUCGUAGUUAUUUCAUUGCGUAACAACAUGUUUGAAUUGGCACAACAGUUAGUCGGAAUUUAUAAAGUUAACAAUAUGACUAGAAGUAUUUCAUUGCAGAAUAAAGAUUUUUUGGGCAAUGAGAAAUAA